AUGACUUCGAAGUCCCGUCUCCAUCCUCUCCAGUCCCAUCACAAAAGACAAGAAUGUGUCGAGCACUUUGAGAGGAUCCUCCUAUUCCCGUUGGAGCACUCGGUCCCCCAGAAGCAACAGGGCCACUGGGAGCAACCAGUCCCCCAGGAGCAACUGGUCCCCCAGGAGCAACUGGUCCCCCAGGAGCAACCAGUCCCCCAGGAGCAACUGGUCCCCCAGGAGCAACAGGACCCCCAGGAGCAACUGGUGCCCCGUGAGUUACUGGUGCCCCGGGAGCAACCGGUCCUCCAGGAGCAACAGGCCCCCCAGGAGCAACUGGUCCCCCGUGAGUGA